GAAGAGGGAGGAACUCAAGUUUCAGGAUUGCUCUUCUAGAAAACAGGUCUGCCAUCAUCAUUUCCAGCUGUGUUGGAACCUGUAACUUGAAUGUAUUACUCUCUGUGGAAAUAUUGAGUGCUAAAACAUCCAACAAGACGGAUGCUUGCUCUUAUCACCAUGAAGAUGUUACUUCGUGCCAAAUGUUUUCAGCACCUAGUAAUUCCUGGCUCUGUGAGAGCACUGCAUAAAGACUAUAGAAUAGCAACGCCACAGAAUUUUUCCAGCUAUGAAUCCAUAAAACAAGACUUCAAGUUGGAGAUUCCAGAGUAUUUCAACUUUGCUCAAGAUGUCCUAGACCAAUGGACCAAUGUGGAAAAGGCUGGAAAGAAAUCUUCCAAUCCAGCCCUCUGGUGGAUCAAUGAGAAUGGAGAAGAGGUGAGGUGGAGUUUUGAGGAACUGGGAUCUUUGUCCAGGAAAUUUGCCAAUAUACUUACAGAAGCCUGUGCCCUGCAAAGGGGAGAUCGAGUAAUUGUGAUUCUUCCCAGGAUCCCAGAGUGGUGGCUUGCAAAUGUAGCCUGUCUUCGGACAGGUACAGUUUUAAUUCCAGGAACCACUCAGCUGACCCAGAAAGAUAUCCUCUACAGACUACAAUCUUCAAAAGCAAAGUGUAUUAUUACCAAUGAUGUUUUAGCCCCAGCAGUAGAUGCUGUUGCAUCCAAAUGUGAAAAUCUGCUCUCCAAGCUGAUUGUGUCUCAGAACUCCAGAGAGGGGUGGGGGAAUCUCAAGGAGAUGAUGAAACAUGUCAGUGACAACCACACCUGUGUGAAGACAAAACAUGAUGAAAUGAUGGCCAUUUUCUUCACCAGUGGAACAAGUGGAUCUCCUAAGAUGACCGGGCACACCCAUAGCAGUUUUGGCUUAGGAUUAUCUAUAAAUGGAAGGUUCUGGCUAGAUUUGACACCCUCAGAUGUGAUGUGGAAUACCUCAGACACAGGCUGGGCAAAGUCUGCGUGGAGUAGUGUUUUUUCUCCAUGGAGCCAGGGAGCAUGUGUAUUUGCACACUAUUUACCCCAUUUUGAGCCAACUUCUAUCUUGCAAACACUUUCCAAGUUUCCUAUCACAGUCUUCUGUACGGCGCCAACUGCUUACCGAAUGCUUGUACACAAUGAUAUGACCAGCUAUAAGUUCAAAAACUUAAAGCACUGUGUGAGCGCUGGGGAACCAAUCAAUCCUGAAGUGAUUGAACAAUGGAGAAACAAGACUGGCCUUGAUAUCUAUGAAGGAUAUGGACAAACGGAAACGGUGCUAAUCUGUGGAAAUUUUAAGGGAAUGAAAAUUAAGCCUGGCUCAAUGGGAAAGCCUUCUCCAGCUUUUGAUGUUAAGAUUUUAGAUGCACAUGGCAAUGUUUUACCUCCUGGACAGGAAGGAGAUAUUGGCAUUCGAGUUCUACCUAACCGACCAUUCGGUCUUUUUACUCACUAUGUAGAUAAUCCUUCAAAAACAGCUUCAACUCUACGAGGCAAUUUCUAUAUCACUGGGGACAGAGGGUAUGUGGAUAAAGAUGGCUACUUCUGGUUUGUUGCAAGAGCAGAUGAUAUCAUAUUAUCUUCUGGUUACCGAAUUGGACCAUUUGAAGUAGAAAGUGCCUUAAUUGAGCACCCUUCAGUUGCAGAAUCAGCUGUUGUCAGCAGUCCAGACCCCAUCAGAGGAGAGGUAGUAAAGGCUUUUAUUGUUUUGAAUCCUGAUUACAAGUUACAUGAUCAAGAACAACUUAAAAAGGAGAUUCAGGAGCAUGUUAAAAAAACUACAGCACCUUACAAAUAUCCCAGAAAGGUAGAAUUUAUUCCAGAGCUGCCAAAGACUGUCAGUGGGAAGAUAAAAAGAAAUGAACUGAGGAAGAAAGAAUGGAAAACACUUUAGAUUCAUUCUAUUAACUACUGUGGCAUCUAUAAAUCUAUAGAAACUGCAAAAAAAAAAUGUGGUAGCAUGCUUAGGAACUGUUGAUUUAAAAUGUCUUGCGGUUAUGACAUCAGGGCUGAAUUCUAAAAUAAAACAUUUGGUAAAUUCCUGUGCAUUAGUGUCAAUGUUGCUAUAAUUUGUUAAUAUAAAAUGAAUGUCAUCAAUUGCUGAGGAAUUUUUAAAUAUAUAAUAUAGAAUCAAAUCUUUGUCCCAUUGGUUUUCAAAUUUUAGUUGAAUAAUUCUUCUGUUUU